UACGGCUGGCCUUUUUAAACAUUUCUUCGUUAAAACUGCGUGAUUAAUUUCAUUUCGUGCCAAACAAAGUUCAACCAGUUUAACUUCUUGGCUGAAAGAGUUCCGUUUCUUAUAGUUGUCAACCAAGAUGCAUUGGUUCUUAUUUUGUGUUUUGGUAAUUCAAUUUACCUGUAAAGAACUUGCUUCAGCGGCUUCUGAUGAUAAUUUAGACAGUAACGGACAUCGUCGAUGCAACGAUGACGGAGUUUGUCUUCCUGGUGCUGAGGAUAUAGCUGUAAAACCACGGACAAUACUAGCAGAUAACACUUGUGGUCAACCACCAUAUAACAAGUACUGUCCAUUGGAUAAAACUGCAUGUUUUUACUGUCAUGGAACAAACCAUACUGCAGGUUUUAUGAUUGAUCAUGGGGAGGGAUACAGCACAUCAAACUUUAAAACAUGGUGGCAAUCACAAAAUUGGCAUGAAUGGUUACAAUAUCAUAGUCAGCAACCAUUACCCAUUAAUAUAACCAUAUCUUUUAACAAGUCCUACGUACUGACAGGGGACAUUCGUGUCACUUUCAAAUUUGCAAAGCCUGCUAAAAUGGUCAUGGAAAAAUCAACAGACUUUGGACUAACCUGGACACCUUUACAGUAUUUUGCUUAUAAUUGCAAGCGGGAUUAUGGGAUGGAAGCAAGUGAGCUGAAUUGUUCAACCAGUGGGCAUGCACUUUGUACUGAAAAAUACAGUGAUCACAAUGGAGGACCAUUAUACUUCAGUUACUUAAACUGUUAUAAUAGGAAGACAUUUUGGAGUACUAAGAUCCAGGAAGUCAUUGAAGCAACUGACUUGAAAUUAAGACUUGAGUUCCCAGCAAAUGAUGGUUUUUUUAAUAGCCAACAAUACCAACAGAGGUAUUUUUAUGCAAUCUCAGAUGUGCAGAUAUAUGGCAGAUGCCAGUGUCAUGGCCACGCACCUGAUUGUAAUUUUACAAAAAAUAGUCUUGGUGAAUUUAUAAAUACACCUAAAUGCCAAUGUGGUAAAGGUAAACAUAACACAGAAGGUGAUAACUGUGAGAGAUGCCAGCCACUAUAUAAUAAUAAAACAUGGAUGCCUGCAACAUCAAUGGAAAAGCCAAAUCCUUGUGAAAAAUGUGAAUGUCACCAGCAUGCAUCAAGUUGUACCUACAAUGCCACCUUAGGACAUGGUAUAUGUGAUAACUGUAAACACAACACAACAGGUUACUUUUGUGAACAAUGCCAAGAUAAAUAUUAUAGAAACACGAGCAAGGCUCUAAAUGAUGCACUUGUCUGUCUAGAUUGCUAUUGUGCAUUAGAAGGAGUCACCAAUAAUGGGUCCUGUUCUCAAAAAUUUCCCAACAUUGGACAAUGUGAAUGUAAAAAAAAUGUAACAGGGCGACGCUGUGACAGGUGUAAUGAUACAUUUUAUGGAUACACAAAUCCCCCGGUUGGGAAUUGUAGAGCUUGUCUAUGCAGUGAAUAUGGCACUAUCGGUAGUUUAAAUUGCAAUCAAAAAACAGGCCAGUGUACUUGUAAAAAUAACACAGAACUUCGAACAUGUUCUCAGUGUAGACUGGGAUACUAUAAAUUUCCCAGGGCAACUGAACAAGAUUGUUUAGAAUGUGACUGCGAUUCUGGUGGUAGUACACCUGACAUCUGUGAAAAAGAACAAGGGAAAUGUUUGUGUCGUUAUGGCAUACAAAACGAACGAUGUUCUAAUGUGACGAAAGAUCGAUUUUAUCCAAAAUAUGAUUAUUUCUUAUACGAGGCAGAGUAUCAACCAGGAAACUACACGAUCACGUCCAACCUUAGUGAAUAUGAAAAACAAUUCUUUACUGGGAGAGGUUAUGCAGAGAUUAACAACACUCAGUAUAUCGAGUUUAACGUAUCACUUGCGGUUAAGAAUAACUUCAGUAUCGCAUUGAGGUACUCCGGUGCAGUUGGAAGAGUUACAAUAUGGAUAAAAGGAAAUUCGACAUCAGAGUGCAAAGAGGUGAACCAGAAAAUCAGCGUUGAUAACCUACAGCAUGAAACUCGUGGUGACUGGCAGUGGCCUGAAAGAUUAGAAUUUUGUCCUGGGACCAAGUAUAACAUACGUGUCGACAGUAAUGGCUCAAUCAAAGUUGACUCUCUUCUGUUAGUUCCUAACCUCACAGAACUGAUUAGUUACAAAAUUGGAGAUUCAAUAAUAAAAAAAUGUCAAAAGAACGCGACAAGUAUCCAAGAAAGUAUUGAUUCAGAAUCUCAAUGUAAAGAUGUAACAUUCUCUACUAUGGUGGAACUUUUUAAUGGUUCUCUGGCGUGCGACUGUAACCUGGAUGGUUCGAAUAGUACACGAUGUGAGCCUUACGGUGGCCAGUGCCCAUGUAAGGUGGGAGUUAUGGGAAGGACAUGUGACCGAUGUCAACCAGGAUAUUAUAAUUUCACUAAAAAAGGCUGUACAGCCUGUAAAUGUAAUGAUUUUGGCUCCACGAAUUUCGUCUGUGACCCAGACUCUGGUCAGUGCGAUUGCAAACGAGCAGUUGAGGGAAGAGCCUGUGAUCAUUGUGAAAAACAUUCCUAUGGUAUUCACACCGGAGAAGGAUGUACGUCGUGUAAUUGCAAUACGACUGGUUCAGUGAAUAUGUCAUGUGAUGGUAUGACAGGGAUGUGCUACUGUAAACCUGGGGUGGUUACAAAUACCUGUGGUAGAUGUGAAGAAAAUUACUUCAAUUUUACUCAAGACGGAUGUCAGUCAUGCAACUGUGAUGAGGCUGGCUCGAGAUCAUUACAAUGUCAUUAUCGUUCUGGUGAAUGUUCUUGUAAGUCCAACACGAAUGGCACAAAAUGUUCGCAAUGUAUUAAAGGAACAUUUUCUCUGGAGAAAGAAAAUCCUAGCGGCUGUCUUCCAUGCUUUUGUUUUAACAGAAGUAGGGAAUGCAAAGCUGCGAGUGGAUUUAUUUUAAGCGAAAUAAAACAAAGCAACCUAACAAUACUUACACCUGGGUAUCAUAGACUUUCAAAGAGAUUUCAAGGAUACCAUUUAAACUCCUAUGUCAGAAAAUUCGAAGUCAAUUUAACAGAAACAUCAAAUAACACCGCAGUUGAGUUGCAUCUAAAAGGACUGAACUUUAGUGUAUCAUUCAAGCUUAAACCAGUUGCUGGUAUGUUCUUGGUGGUAUUACACGAGAAAAAUAGCGUGGAAAAGAUAAAUAACUAUCAAAUGCAGUCCAUCUUAGCAAAUGUUCACGAAGCGGCCUUGAAUAUAAGCGGGGACCUGGGAAAUGAUACCAAAGUUAGCGUUGCUAUGAAAACAGCCAUUCGUGCUACUCAUGGUAACCAAGAUGGUAACGAUGCGAAACACGUGGAACAAUGUGAAUGCCCUAAAAACUACAAAGGACUAUCAUGCCGGACUUGUAGUGAAGGUUUCACGCGCGAGAUUUCAAAUUCCAGUGAUUUCGUGAACUGUGGUCUAUGCGCGUGCAAUAAUCGUUCAAAAAACUGUGACGGAGAAACAGGGGUAUGUAUCAAAUGUAGACUCUCUAAGGGAGAUCACUGCGAAGAGUGUGGAGAUGGUGUAGAUAUUGAGAAAAGGUGUACCCAAUGCUCUCCUAUGUACUGGCAUCCGGAAAUAGCUAAGGAAGAGAAAGGAUGUCGAGCGUGUAAUUGCGAGUUAAGCAACACUCUGUAUCACAACAGCAGCGUGUGUAAUUCAACGACUGGUCAAUGCUUAUGCAAGAGUUAUGUUGGAGGUCGUCGAUGUGAUAGAUGUGCUGAGAAUUAUUAUAAUACAACACAUGGAUGUCAGCAAUGUCCUGAAUGUUAUGGUUUAUUGAUAGUGUUUGUUCACAAACUCCGGGAUGACAUCGAAAAAGUUCAGGGAACUGUACAAAGUUUGAACGAGAAAUUUAGGUCAAGAAAAAACAACACAUUUGGUAAACGUUUGAAGGAAGCGGAGGAAGAAGUUGACAAUAUAUUUCAUGAAGCGAACAAAACUGACAGUCAAAACUUUUACAAUCCUAACACAACCAUCGAUGAUCUGGAUGAUUUAACAUCGAGCAUUCAGCAGUUGACGAAAUACGUUGAAGACUUGGAGCGACGGCAACGGAAACUACAGAAUCUUUUUACCAACGCUUCAUAUUUGACCAAAACGUCUUACAGUAGUCUCCAACAAGAAAAUGACUCUAGAACUUUGAUUGAAGACAUGAGAGAAGUAAUUAAAGGUUUUAUUCAACCACUAGAACAGGUCAGGAAUACCAUGUCUGAACUAAACCAAACCCUGUGGAAUAUUGCAGAAAAUCUGACUAUUACAUCUGACUCUCAGUUACAAAAGAUCAACCAAGUUUAUUCAAACGCCAAAAGUGUUGGAAUUAAAUUAGAUAACAAUACAAAUGGAAUCAACUCAUUACAGAAUGCCACACAGGCAUCUUUGGAGGAUGGCAAAGAGACAUUAAACACUUCAAUGGACGUUUCUAGUCGAGCAAACAAUUUUUUCAACAUAUCGAAAGAUAUUCUCGUCACAGUUCGUAAUUUGAAUGAGUUGAUUGAAGAUAACAAGAAUCUUGUGAAAAAGUUCAAUUAUUCAAUCUUUCCUCCGAGUUCCGAAUAUGAAUCAUCCAUCACCAAUACUUCAAUUUUACUUAAAGAAACAAAAUACCAGAAUUCUUUAGCCACAGAUAUUCUCAACAGCACUGAAGACGUUCUGACUGAGGUAAACACUAUACUCCAGAAGGCGAAAAAUGCGAAUGACUCAGCAAUGGCUACCUUAAAGAAUGCCCUGGACACCCGCAAAACUUUAAACGACUUUCAAAAUUUAUCACGAAAUGCUGCAGAUAUGGCAAAGGAAUCUGAACAAGAGAUAAGCAAUAUAAGAGCAGAGAGUGAAGAAUCUAUAAAGAUAAUAAGAAAUGUCAGCAUGUCUGUGCAAGAUGGGUUGAAGGAUACAGACGAAGCAAUGAGAUUGGCUGAUGAGGCAAAAACGUUAGCACAAAAUGAAAACCAGGGUGUCAUCCCCCUCUACAACAGAAGUAAAACACUUGAUGAGCAUCACAGAAGUACAGUUUGUUCAUCAAACCGUAUGAAAACCUAUAAUCAAAAUAUUACCACCAGAUCAAAUCUACUGACCCCUCUGCUUGCCAGGUGUCCACUUGUAGAAGCAAGACAUGUAAGUGAUAGAGCAAAAGAUAGUUUGAACCAAAGUUAUGUUACACAAGAAGAUUCACAGGAGAAUUAUCAAGAUGUGAAAAUUGUCAAUGAAACAGUUUUGGAGAGUGAAUUGAAAGUCAAAACAAUUGAGAAAACAGUUCAAGCUAAAACACAUGAAACACGACUGGAUACUCACAGCAAAUUAUUUGAAAAACUAAGAAAUGAGAUCAGUAAAUUGAAGCAAGCUAAAGAGAGGAGAGCAAUCCUUAUUAAACAAAUGAAGGAAAGAGUUGAAACAAUUAAAUUAGAGAUAAAAGAUUUAGAAAGCUUAAGAGAUUCAAUACCACCUUGUCUUCAGGAAUAACUGGCCAGCUCCAAAACAGUAACGUCAUUUGCAUGUAUAUAAUUAUACAGUAAUUGCAGAGAUGAACUUGUAUAUAAUAUUUUUCAUAACCAUUGUCAAACAUACACACACACACUGUAUAUAAUGAGAUGGUAUUACUCUAGUAUUCUUAUUCUAUAAUUUUGUACACAUAGACAGUUGGACAUGGCUGAUUUAAAAUUUUUUAACCAUAUGUUACUGUAUUUACACAAAAACUUUGUUUAAACAGGGUUUUCUUAUCAUUA